ACCAACUCCUCUCUCUCUCUCUCUCUCUCUCUGCCUUAAAGGGCUAGUCCCCACACCCAACCCAACAUUUCAUCAUCUCUCCCACUACUACUUCAUUCAUUCCAUCCAACUGGACGCCCUUUUUCAUGGCCUUCUUCUGCUUCCUCAGAUCCAAGAUCAUGAGGCGCCGGCGCAGACGCCGUCCAGACAACUCAUCCGCCAUUCGUCACGGCGUCCAUCUUCCCGAGGACCACCACCACCUCAACGUCGACGUCCAGAAUUGUUCUAUUUCUACACCGCCUGCCAGGAGAUUCACUUGGGAGGAGAUAUCCGACACCCUCACCGACAAUUUCUCCCGGCCGAUCGGAUCCGGUGGGUUCAGCACCGUUUGUCUUGCCCAGUUCCCGGAUUCAACUCUUGCAGCAGCAAAGAUCCAAAACUGCAGCAGCGAGCGUCUCCGGCGAGCUUUCCGGGACGAGCUUCAAAUCCUGCUCCGCCUCCGCCACCGCAACAUUGUCAAGCUUCUCGGUUUCUCCUAUGAUGGAGCCGACGAGAUGGGCGCGCUUGUUCUCGAGUAUGUUCCGAACGGGACGUUGCAAGAGAAGCUCCAUAAUCGCAGAUCCGGCAAGGUGCUACCGUGGAAGCGCCGUAUGGCCAUCGCCUUCCAGCUCGCUCAAGCCAUCGAAUACCUGCACGAACAAUGCACGCUUCACAUCAUCCAUGGCGACAUCAAGGCUUCAAACGUUCUGCUGGACCAGCAACUCAACUGCAAACUUUGCGACUUCGGGUCGGCGAAAAUGGGGUUUUCGUCCAGCGUCAUGCCGCCGGCAGCUUCCGGUUCAUCGAAUCUCUUGAUGCUGGGUUCCCCGGGUUACGUAGAUCCUCACUACCUCAGGACCGGCAUCGCCUCGAAGAAGAAUGACGUGUACAGUUUCGGAAUCAUUGUUCUGGAGCUCGUCACAGGGAAGGAAGCAGCAUUGUUCUGUCCGGAAAGGCGGAAGAUGCCGGCCAAUGCGGCGGAUGUGGCGGAGAUGGUGGACCCAGGGCUGGAUGGAGAGUUUGACUUGGAAGAAGCGGCGGUGAUGGCUUCCAUUGCUGCGCUGUGCCUAAGCAAUGCGCCUGCUCUUAGGCCUUCGGCAGCUGAUAUUGUGUUUUUGAUCAAAGAGAAAAUUGCUUCAGUUUCCUUCCUCUUCUCCGCCGAUCCACAAAAAAGGGGGAAUUUGGAAGACUGUAAUUAAUUUUGUGCUUCUUUUCGGUUAAAUAAUUAAUCUGCGACCUUUACUGUGACUGUGAAGGCGAUAUUGUAAUUUUGUAAAGGAAAAACAUUAGCAACCAUAUAUAUAUGUAUGACAAACGGGCUUUUCUCUCUCUCUCUUUUUGU